AUGUCGAGCGCGUUGAGCGCGUCCACGACGGUGGUCCGACGCCUCCACGGACGCGUCGCGCACGCCCGCGCGCGCGUUCCGAGAGCGUUCGACCCCGAAAGCGUUCCACUCGAGGGGUCCACCGGCGCCAAGGUGAAACAGUUCUCCGAGUCCGAGCUCCCGCCGCUCCCGCCGCUCCCGGACCUGAGAGAGCUGGCGAAGAUGGCGGCGAUGGAUAUCUCGGACGCGGAGGUGGAGGCGUGGACGCCGCAGGUGCACGAGAUCGUGAAGUGGUUCGGCGAGCUCAGGGAAAUUGACCUCGAGGGCGUGGGCGAUUACGAGGCGCCGGGAAGAGAAGGGUUGAUGGCUGACGAUUGGAUGCGAGAUGACGAACCGGUGACGUUCGAUAACAUCGAACAGAUGAUGGAGGGGAGUCGGUUCUGGGACGGCAAGUUCGUGCGUGUUCCGGCGGUGGGCGGGGCGGUGGCGACAGAUUUUGGCGACGGCGAUGAGGACGUGUCCGCAACGACGGCGACGCCGAAGGUGGAGCUCACGGAUGAAUUAUUGGGCAUGGAACUCAAAAUUGGACGAGUGUUGAGCGUCGAGGAUCAUCCCGAGAGCGAGAAGCUAUACGUGGAGACGGUCGAGUGCGGCGAGGACGAGCCAAGAAAAAUUUGCUCCGGGUUGGCGCCGUUUAUGGCCAAGGACGACAUCCUUGGGAAAUUGGUGAUCGUCGUGGCCAAUCUGAAGGCUCGUAACUUGGGCGGCGUGCCGUCAAACGGGAUGUUGCUCGCCGCUUCCGAUGCGUCGCACGAAAACGUCGAACUCCUCUCCGCUCCGGAGGGAGCGGUUCCAGGAGAGCGUGUCACCUGGGACGGCGCAGAGAACAUCGCCCCGCACGGCGUGAAUAAGGUUGCGAAAAAGAAAAUUUGGGAAGGAGUGCAGAAAGAUUUGAAAACAGACGCGAACAAGGGCGCGAACUGGAACGGGGUCCCUAUGAUGACGAGCGCCGGUCAGUGCGUGUCUCUUGCCAACUCUAAGAGCGCCUCCGUCGUAAACGCGAGCGUGGGUUAA